AUGGGGUGGAACGUGUUUCGCUAUUUAGCCGACAUAUCCCACCUGGCUUCGAUAUGUAUCCUGAUCUGGGCCAUUCAUAGGAACAAAAGUGCAGAGGGUGUUUCACUCCUUACCCAGCUGCUCUAUGGGCUCGUGUUUAUGACCCGCUAUCUGGACAUACUCAGGCCAUCAUCAUGGGCAUUCAACUCCGGGGCGUCGCUAUGGAACAUCAUGUUCAAACUAUUUUAUCUGACCUCUUCUUUCUACCUCGUGUUCAUCAUGAUGAAGGUCUUCCCUCGGACACGUGAGAGAGAGAGAGCAUGGAAGCUUGGGAUCUACUCGAUGACCGGAUCGCUGGUGCUGGCACCGAUUGCGAUCGCGGUUUUGGAGGGCUUGAACCCCUUCACCCAGCUCUUGGAGGUUUGCUGGGCCUUCUCCAUUAUCCUCGAAUCCGUCUGUGUGCUGCCACAGCUACUACUCCUACGCCAGACCACCGUCCCGACCGUGAUUGACUCCUACUACCUUGGUGCACUAGGCUCUUACCGGGCCUUUUAUAUCCUGAACUGGCUUGUCCGCGGGUUCGGUAGCGAACAUAAGUGGGAUCCGAUUGCGUUUGUAUUCGGUAUUGUACAGACUGCAUUCUAUGUUGACUUUGCGUGGGUGUAUUAUUCGCGCCAACGAGUCAAGCUUCGCAAUGGCGGUGUGGUCGAUUCAGAGGAUCUCCGCAAGAGUUGGCUGGUUAACCGUGUUCUCAACAUUCGAGGAGUGCGCACCUCUAGUGAUGAGGAACAGGCUCUCCGAGAUGAUGGGGAGGAAGAGGAUAACCGACCCAGCAACAACCGGUGGGGUGCGCGGGGUAUCUCUAUCACCGCGGACGAUACGUUGGAUCAUCAUCAGCAGGCGCACGUGGAGAGUGAUGAUCAUGACGACUUUGAUGCGGUAUUAGGGGAUGAUUCAGAUGACGAUGAUCAUGAUAUUGCUAAUCCACGUCACCAGACCACCGCUUGA